AUGGUCGCUUCUGUUGAAGAGGUUUCUUCGUCUCUUGUAAGGGAGUAUUUAAGUCGAAAGGGACUGAAAAGGACCAUCGCCUGUAUGGAUGAGGAGCACCCACGCACAGAGGCCAGUAUCAAUAACAGAUCCCAUCUGAGGAGUAUUCUUAACCUGGAUGAGCUCUACAGAAAAAAUAAAGUUCAAAAUACCCCCCUGAAAACAUUACUUGAGAUUAUUGUGAAGCAUCAUAUUGAAAAGUUAAAAAAUGAAGAGCUCGUGGGAGGAGAAUGUCCACAGAAAGUCCAAACUUUCAGCUCACCUGCAAGCAAACCAGUACUGAUAAGCGACUCAAAAGCAAUUGAAGUACGACCAGAUUUUGUUAGCAGCAAGCAGAGGUCUGACAAAAAUGAAAGAUGCCUCCCUAUGCCAUCAUAUAUGUCAUCAUUGUCUGAGAAAGAGAGGCCGUCUGCUUUGAAUCCAACAGAGGACGAGAUUUAUAAACUAGAUUACCAAAACGACAAACUUAUGUUGGCUUCCCAAAAGGACAAUGGGAGCUUUGUCCAAAAGGGGACAGACAGAAACACUUCCAUCCCUGCUGUUACCCAGAAGAAUAGAACAAAUCACAUCAGACGAGGCAUGAUGGCUGGACCGGUACCACAGGAAUCAAGCAAAAACAGAAAAAGGCAAAGUGGAAAGGUUGAAGCAUCCCAGACGCUGUUCAGAAAAGAUGUGGAAAACAGGCAGUUUACCGUUUUGCAUUCAAAAAGUUGUGUAACUGACAACAGCUCAGCCAGCGGUGCAGAAGGAAAACUGGAUCUCCUGAACACAACAGAUAUAAACCAGGAUGAGAGCAGUUGUGGAACAAUGGAACAAAAUGUAGUGAAAACAAACAAAGUAAAGACGAGAUCAAACAGUUCUGAUUUGAAUGUCUCGGAGAUAAGAUUAGAUGAUAUUGAUGAUUAUGAUGGUGAUCUGCGAGUAGUGUCUGUUCAGAGGACUGUUUCAGAGUUUCACUACUCAGGCUGUGCAAUAGACCAACACACGGCCGCAGAAUUGAAAACAAUACUUCUUGGUUCCAGCCUAAAUUGUUUUAGUGUUGAGUGGCUGAAUCAGGGUUUUACCUUUUCUGAGACAGAUGACCUCAGAUAUGGCAUUGUGCAGAAAAAGGGUGGUCCUUGUGGAGUUCUGGCAUCUAUUCAAGCAUUUGUUCUUAAGAAACUUCUGUUUGAAAACACUGAUAGUAGUAUAUCCAUCCUUCAGAGGUUACGACCGUCCAGCAGCACCAGAAGACGGUGUCUUGUUUUAGCUCUGGCUGAAGUCUUGUGGAGGGCUGGCAAGGAAAAACAAGCCUCAGUUGCAAUAAAUUUGGGGACAAGCCAUUUCACCCCAUGUGGGAACUACAGAUCUGAAAGAGUACUUGAAAAGAUGAUGUAUUUCUCUCUGGACAACAUCAAGGAUCUGCAGUUUGUUCUGGAGCAGCAUAUCGAGCAGUUUGAAACUGGGAUGUUAGGAUGUAUUCUACUGAUUGUAUCAGCAGUUCUCUCUCGAUCCAUUGAAAGAAUAAGAGAAGAUAUGGACGUGCCCACCACCACAUUAAUUGGGGCCCAUGGCUACUGCACUCAGGAGCUGGUCAAUCUGUUGCUUUGUGGACGAGCGGUUUCUAAUGUUUUUGACGACGACAUGGAGCUGGACUCCGGCGAUGGUGACCUGACUCUCCUUAAAGGGAUCAAAGACCCCUGUGAAGUUGGUCUGCUCUCCCUGUUUGAACAUUAUAAUAUCUGUAAGGUAGGGGCUUACCUGAAGAAUCCCUCCUUCCCUGUCUGGGUGGUGUGCAGUGAGAGCCACUUCUGUGUGCUGUUUGGCCUGCAGAGGGAGCUGUUGACCAACCAGGAAGGAGGUCUGGAGUUUGACCUCUAUUACUAUGAUGGACUGGCCAAUCAGCAGGAGGAGAUCCGCCUCACCGUUUCUGUUAGCAAAUCAGCUAAAAGCUUUCAGGAAGUUGAUGCUGAUCUUAUUCCUCCACUUGAGCUUUGUAUCCGCACAAGGUAA